AUGCUGCCAAGGAUCUCGUGGCUGGCGUCGGACGGCAGCGAGGCCUCCGCGGUGCCCGGGCUGCGGCAGCUGCUGGACAACGGCACGCUGCUGCUGGCGCCCUUCUCGGCCGACCAGUACCGCCCGGAGGUGCACAGCGCCGCCUACCGCUGCGCCGCCACCAACUCGGUGGGCACCAUCGUCAGCCGGCGAGUGCACGUCAGGGCCGCGGUGAUGAAGCAGUACUAUGAAGUGCAGGUGUACGACGAGUUCGUAAUGGUUGGCAACACUGCGGUUCUUCGCUGCCACGUGCCGUCCUUCGUCAGGGACUACGUCAUUGUCACCUCGUGGCUGCGAGGCAGCACGGACCGCAUUGUCACCGACAUCGACUCUGGCGGCCGGUACUCGGUGUUCCCCUCUGGAGAGCUGCACAUCCGGCACGUGACCCCGGCCGACGGCGCGCUGCCCUACCGCUGCGAGACCAGGCACCUGCUCACCGGGGAGACUCGGCUCAGCGCCGCAGCUGGCAGACUGCUGGUGACGUCACCGCAGAGCUCGGUGCCACCGCGCAUCACGGACUCGCGCAGCCACGUGCAGGCCCGCUACGGACAGCCCGUGGAGCUGCCGUGUGCCGCCCAGGGCUUCCCGCUGCCCUCCUACACGUGGUUCCGUAGCGUGCGCGGCCGGAGCGCGGCCGUGCCGCCGCCUGGCCAGAGCCGCGUGCGGCAGGUGGGCGGCAGCCUGUACGUGGGCGGCGCCCUGCUGCGGGACUCGGGCCGCUACGUCUGCGUAGUCAACAACUCGGUGGGCGUCGAGCGCGCUUCCACCGCGCUGCUCAUCACCAGUGAGUAG